CCAAUGGAGACGGAUUACGACACCGAGCUGCUGAGAUAUAUAAAGAGCCCCUUUUUGACCGCACUUGCACAUUUUUUUUCAGUGACACUUCUGCACAUGCACACACCUCCAUGGACUACAUUGCACACGGGGACCCCACAGCGACCAUCACACGCUGCAAGUGAGCUGGCUAUGCAUUCAUCAAGCAGAUAAUUUACCUUUCAAUCAAAAAGAGCUGGUCACACACUGGAACGCACUUUUUUUUGUUGAAAACUUUAUUUCAGAACCUCCUGCUGCAGAAAAGAAGAAGAAGAAGAAAAAAGCAACCCACUUCGGGCUGAUUGUGGAUUAGAUGCAUGUCAAUGAUUCGGAGGCUUUUUUAGGCUGAGACAAGGACCCGAAAGGAUAUAUUGAGGAAUAAAUCAACUGAAAGAAGCGAAAAAAAAGUUUCCUCCAUCAUCAUGCCGAGGUACAACUUCUUCCCAUGCUUACUGGCGCUCAUCUUCCUGGGACUGUCAGGGAGCGACGAGCCCAAUCUGCUGCUGCCUCCUGCCAGCGAGCCGCCCACGGACGCGGGGCUGUCUCUGCUGGACGAGGACGCUGGCUCCCACGAGUGCUCCGCCUGCGUUUGGAGGGAGCAAAGUAAGGUGCUGCGGCUGGAGACCAUCAAGUCCCAGAUCCUGAGCAAGCUGCGCCUGAAGCAGGCGCCCAACAUCAGCCGGGAGGUGGUCAACCAGCUGCUGCCCAAGGCGCCCCCGCUGCAGCAGCUCCUGGACCACCACGACUUCCAGGGAGACGCGUCGGCCCAGGACGAGUUCAUGGAGGAGGACGAGUACCACGCAACGACGGAGUCCGUGAUCACCAUGGCCUCGGAGCCGGAGCCCCUGGUGCAGGUGAACGGGAAGCCCAGCUGCUGCUUCUUCAAGUUCAGCCCCAAGCUGAUGUUCACCAAGGUGCUGAAGGCUCAGCUGUGGGUGUAUCUCCGGCCGCUGCAGCAGACCUCCACCGUCUACCUGCAGAUUCUGCGACUGAAGCCCGUCACGGAGCAGGGCAGCCGCCACAUCCGCAUCCGCUCCCUGAAGAUAGAGCUCAACUCCAGGGCCGGCCACUGGCAGAGCAUCGACUUCAAGCAUGUGCUGCAGAACUGGUUCAAGCAGCCCCACACCAACUGGGGAAUCGACAUCAACGCCUUUGACGAGAGCGGCAAUGACCUGGCCGUUACCUCGCUGCGACCCGGGGAGGAGGGGCUGCAGCCGUUCCUGGAGGUGAAGGUCCUUGAGACCACCAAGCGCUCUCGGAGGAACCUCGGGUUGGACUGCGACGAGCACUCCACCGAGUCCCGCUGCUGCCGCUACCCGCUGACCGUGGACUUCGAGGCGUUCGGCUGGGAUUGGAUCAUUGCCCCCAAGCGUUACAAAGCCAACUACUGCUCCGGCCAGUGUGAGUACAUGUUCAUGCAGAAGUAUCCGCACACCCACCUGGUGCAGCACGCCAACCCGCGCGGCUCCGCGGGGCCCUGCUGCACCCCGACCAAGAUGUCCCCGAUUAACAUGCUUUACUUCAACGACAAGCAGCAGAUCAUUCACGGCAAGAUCCCAGGGAUGGUGGUGGAUCGAUGUGGGUGCUCUUAGGCUGCAGAAGGAGAUACACACACUUACGUUCAGCCCUCAUUAAACCACCCAAAACCCCUACGGAGCUCUCCCCUCGGCACCAGAUUUCACUUUUGCUCUGCCACAGAAACAACCUGCUGGGUUUCCAUUUAUUUCCAGUAAUUAAUUUGAUUCUAACUGUAUAAAAAAAAAGUUAUAAAUGAAAACAAGAAUCAAAAAAAAAGAAAAAAAAAGAACUGAAGAUGGAAAUACAGUAUAUUAUGAAUGAUUUGAGUCUGCUUGUGGAGCAGCCUCAGAAAAGGGUGAGGCAAAAUUAUGUUAUACAGUACAUGUUAGUUUUGUGAUUUUUUUAAAAUGGCAUCUUUGUGAAGUGUCCAGGUUAGUGGAAUGUGUUGACAGGUGACAUGAGUAUAUUUCAUCAAGCAGCGUCCGCUUUUAGGGGCCGUUCCAAUAUAUUUAAUUUUCAGCUCCACAUUUACAUUCAGAAAAUAUUUUUAUCCAUUUAAGUGUUUGCAGAGAAAAGGGGGCAGGAUCAUAAUCAUUUUGCAAUUCAUAAAUUUUUACAACAACUCAGUAGCCGCAUUAAAUAUAAUAAUAAUAAUAAUAAUAAUAAUAAUAAUAAUAAUAAUAAUAAUAAUAAUAAUAAUAAUAAUAAUAAUAAUAAUAAUAAUAAUUUGGACAAAUCCAAAAUGUGUUUAUAGAUGUUUAGAGAAGAAUCUGAAAGUUGUCAAGACCCAAAACCAAACCAACUAUUAUUAACUGCUAAUAAUUGUGUAAAACCCCAGAGUAAGAUUUCUACAAAUAGCUUUGAAACGUAAUCUUGAAAUAAAUAAAAGCUAAAAGGUUAAACUGGUUAAAUUCUGUCCCCCAAAGUAAAUAAAGUCUCAAUAAAAGUAGAUAAUAUUUGAACUCAUUGAAGUCUAAAAAGAAAACAUCAUGUAGAUGCAAACGUAGGUGUAGAUUUGGAGGAUCAUGAUUUUUCAACAUUAAAUAUCAGUCAACUUCUGUUUUGUAAAACCAAGACAUGUCAUAAAUGCACUGUUUCCUUAUGUAAAGAUGGUUAAAGAUAGAUAUUUAACCACACAGUGAAAUUAACACGAUUACACAGUUCUGCUUACAGUGAGGAACUCACCAUGAGUGUGGAUGUCAUGUUAAUUUGGAGCUUAUAAAAACGUGGGAGUUCAUUAUUCCGAUCAUUAACACACAAAUAAGUGCCAAAGUUUUAAUUUGUUUUACCUGUCCAUGUAUUUUCUGUACAUGAAUAGGUGAAAUGUGUACUUACACACUAAUGUUUAGCUGAAUAUCCCUUAUCAAGAUGCAGAAAACCACACCACUCUUCUCACCACAAUCAGUGGAGCUAUUAUUUAUUUUAAUUUUAUUUUUAUUACAUUCCAGUAUUGCGGUUCGAGCCAUUUGAAAAACCUAAAGUUAGCCUGCUCUAUCCCAGAACCAGAACCAGAAACAACUCCAUGGCUUUAUGCUGCCACCACCGUGCUUUGCAGGCGGUACCUUUUCCUCAACUUUUGAAAGGAUCACCUUUACCCCUCAAAAUGUUGUCAUUGGAGUCACCUUCUCAUCUUUCACAAAAAUAAGAUGUGGGCGACAGCAAAUUCAGCUUCAAGGUGACAAACCUGGAGCUUCUUUCUCGGUCAGCAUCCUUUCAGACUGUGUUGAUGUUAAACUCUGUGAAAGGCGGCGCUGCUCUUCCUGCAUCCUCAUUUAAAAUUAGCUUGCGUGUUUCCUGGGUUGUGCUGAUGUUUUCUGACUUGUGUUCCUCUGACAGAGGCAGACUGGGUCAAAGAGCUGAGACAUGGAGAAAAUGAGUGGUGCAACAGAACAAAGAUCCAAAACACGCAUAAAAUAUGGUUCUGCAGUACACAAAGAAGGCUUACAUUGGGCUUCUGGAUUGGUACCAAAAUAUAUGAAAAUAUAUGAAUUAUGCUUAAACUCUGGGUUAAAACAACCAAUUUAAAUGAGCGCCGCCAAUUCUGCUUAGAAGAGGGGUCCAAUAUUUACCAGAAGCUCUAUGGCGAGAGGAAGCAAUAUAGUUUCUCUACAGUUUGCUGAGUGAGAUUUAAUCAAAUAUUAAUGUAGGGAUAUAUCAGGGCCAGUAAAUUCUGAGAAAAUUCACAAUAAAUGUAAAUUUGUGCACCCAAUUGUUGUUUUUAAACUUACUAAAGUUGUCUUUUAUAUAAUUGAUCCACCCUGCCAAGUGAAAAUGAUUCGUGAAAAUCAAUGUGACAUUCACGCCCACGGUGUUCAUGAAAAAUACAACUGUAAAACAGCUGAUAAACACAUUAUUUCUAGAAGUUAAACCUAUUUCUACAUGUUUGCAUCUAUGUACGAAAAAAAAAAAACACUUAAAUGACAGAAGAGCAUUAGCUACUUUACCCCUGAGUUGUUAACAUUUUUUCUUCAGUGCUAGAGUGAGCAGUACUGCUGUUAUAAAAAAUUAUUAUAACUGUUAUUACUGCCAUCACUAAAAAAAAAACAUAAACAAACCACCUGUUCUGCAACAUUUUAAAAUGAUAAAUGAAAAAAAUCAAGAUACUGGCUUUACAACCAGCUUUUGUUUAGAGAACAUAUUGGAUUGCAUUUUGAAAUGCCCCCAUCCAUCAUCAUCAUCAUCAUCAUCAUCAUCAUCAUCAUCAUCAUCAUCAUCAUCAUCAUCAUCAUCAUCAUCAUCAUCAUCGUCGUCAACGUCAUCGUCAUCGUCACAAUGGAGAAAGUAAUGUUAGUGCUUAAACAGAGUAGAUUAGUAUGCUCGAAGCUUGUCUUUGUCUCCUGGAUGUCGAAGCAAAGAUAUCCUUUUGUUAUAAAAAAACGAAAGCACUAUGCUGUUGGAUAAAGUGAGAGCCUUCUGACAUUAUAUAUAAAUGAUAUAUGUAUAUAUUAAAAAAAAAAAAAAAGGGGGUUACAAAAACCCUUUUGGGGGGCACUCUACCUUACCAACAAUAAAUUUUGCACUAUGGGACGUUCAUGGCGUGAGGAGCUGAAGUGUUGUUUGCGUUUUACCAAGCACAAGAGAGCUUGUACAGUAUAGGAUAAAAAAAUAAAAAAUAAAAUAAAUAUUCAUGCUUCUGGUGAUAAACCAUAAAGUAGAGAAGUUUUCACUUCUUUUUGAUACCAUCACUGACUUUCCUGACUUUGUCUGAAGCGGGGGCCUGUCCAUACACCCACACACUUUGAUUCGAUCUGGAACCUGGAUGUACUGUAACGGCAGCCUUAAAGGCCUCUGUUCCCACUCGUCAUGUGUGUAAUAUAUGUCUGGAUCUAUGGAAAUGCUUUAACUGGAAACGGCCCACCCAUCAACCUUAAUUUGUUAUUGUGUUAGAAAGAUUGAAAACUGUUAACUUAACGUGUCAUCUGUCUUGUAUUUUUUAUUUUUUUUGCUUUUAUGUGUAUUGUAAGUGAGAGCAGCCAUUCAAAUAAAAAUAAAAAAAAUGGGAGUAUCCAGGGAUCGUUAGCCAAAGUAGAGGACGACAAGUUAUGUGCCGUAACCUUUGUGAUUGCAGGAAUAUGCUAGAACACUUCAAAGGGAGGAAAAGGCUGGUUUAGGGGCUGUGGUUAAAAAAUAAAUAAAUAAAAAAUCAACUGAUCGGUUAUUUAUUACUUACAAUGCAUUUCCAAGUCUGUCUACCUCACUUUAGUCUUCAAGUAUUUUAUUAUUUUUUUUCUUCCAGAAAAAUCAGAGUGAACAUAAAACACAUAAAAGAGCCACAUCCCCUCCAAAAAUUUCAACGUAAAGCACAGGGUCCCCUUGCUCUCAGGUUCAGGCUAAGUUGCUAACAGAGUGACUGACGGUCAUGCAUGGUCAAAGGAAAAAAAAAAAAUAAUAAUAAUAAUAGCUGUGCCCACCUCUGGGGUUUGACUAUGUUCAAAGCUGUUGAGAGUUUUGUUUUAGUGUUUUUAAACUUGUAUGUCUGAGAGUUUUGGUUUUGUUUUCAUAUAAAUAUAUGAGAGUAACAAAUAUCUAUGUAAAUACGACCGAAAUGUUAACUUUUAUCAUGUUUUGGACAGGUUCGCCGCUUCUAACUGUCUCUCUCUUUUCCCCUUCAUACCUGUUCUUUGUGUAGUGAAAAAGAAAGGAAAUCACCCCAUCUCUGUAGUUUAAUGGAUGUGCGUAUGAAUAACUGUAUUAUUAUUUUUGCCUUUUGUUGUUUAUUUACUGUCAUUUUCUUUUGUACAAUAAAUCAUUUAUUUAGCUUAA